UCUGUACUUUUAUCUCUGUUUCUUUUAAGGGCUUUGAACCUUAUGCAGUGAUUGUGAAUGGAAUAUGCAAGCAACUCUGUUUAAAGGUGUUCCCUGAGAUGUCCACUGUUACUCGUGCUAUUGAAAUUAGUAACAUUGUAGAACCUGUGGAAUCCAGGACCAAUGAGCCUAUUGAAUGGGCAUGUCUGAAACGGGACCAUAAAGUAUAUGCAUUUUUGGCUCAAGGUAUUGCCUCCUUCCCAAGAAAAGAAUGCUUGUCUGAGGCACUUGGUGCUUCAAGCACUGACAAUUACCCAGAUGAAAGCAUUCAGAAUACCCCGGAACCAAGUGACAGGAUUGGUCAGAGACCUUCUUACUGGUCGAGCAAGGGUGAAAUUGAUUCUGCAGUCCCUGAGACAUUAACGUAUAAAUUGAUGGCCAAACUCUGUGUGAUUACUGAAAUCCAUAUUCAACCAUUUCAAGUGUACUUUCAGUUUGGUUCCCCCAUAUAUCCAGCAAAGGCUGUAAGAUUUUUGAUGGGGGAUUUGUAUUGCUGGUAUGGAAGCACAAAUGGAGGGAGAAGUGUCUUCAGCUGCACAAGAAUCUUGUCAUGAAAUAUUGCUGGUCCAGAUUCAGUAUUACUAAUUAACUGCGUUAUAGGAGAAUUGUUUGCAAAAGUUCAAGC